UCUAUGCGUCUAGUGUGUGUGGUGUGACGUGUGACAAUCAAAAUGCAACCAACACCAAGCACUCUCCUUGUUAUUUCUCUAUGCUCGAGACUCGAGACUAUUUUUGAUUUUUACUAUUAAUCUUUUGAGAAUUAUACGAUUUUGCGUUAAGCCAACGAAAUUAAUUAAUACUCAAGCGUCUAUUAGUGUAGUGAUUUCAAUUUUUGGGUGUAAAAUUGAAAUAUGGAAGUAAAAAAAGAAAUAAAUGAGGAACCAUGUAAAGUAGAAAUAGAAUAUAAUGGCAAUAAUGGCCUGGAUGAUGCUCUUCUAGAUGGCUUUAAAUGUGAAAUUAAGGGGGAAUCUAAUAGCAAAGUAAAACAAGAAAUAGGCGAAGAAGAGGAAACAUGUAAAGAAAUAGAAUAUAAUGACCUGGAUGGUGCUCUUCUAGAUGGCUUUAAAUAUGAAAUUAAGGAAGAAUCUGAUAGGCAAAGUACACAUGGCACAUAUGAUUCUUUAGACUUAAAGGAACAUCCCAUAAAUACUAAAAUUGAACAACUUGGGGACACACUUCACUCAUUUGAAGAAAACCCAAAAACUGAAAAAGAUUAUCUCCAAAACAAAAUGGAACUUGUACAUUCAGCAAUUGAACAUUCAUCUCACGAAGAAAAUUAUUUGACUCCACUUGCUAAAGGCAAAACACUAAAUAAAAAUAGGAAAGUGGUGACUGGUGAAAAAGCUUACAAGUGUGAAAUUUGUUUUAAGAAAUUUUUCCGAAAAGGUUAUUUAACUGAACACAUGAAAAUGCACACUGAAAAAAAAGCUUACAAGUGCGAAAUUUGUUUUAGGGAGUUUACUACCGCAAGCCAUUUGAAAGUACAUUUGAGACUGCACACUGGAGAAAAACCUCACAAGUGUGAAAUAUGUUUUAAGCGGUUUACUACAGCAAGUCAAUCGAAAAGACAUUUGAGAUUGCAUACUGGGGAAAAACCUUACAAGUGCGAAAUGUGUUUUAAGCAGUUUAGUGAAGCAAGUAAUUUAAAAGCACAUUUGAGAGUGCACACUGGAGAAAAACCUCACAAGUGUGAAAUUUGUUUUAAGCAGUUUCUUACAGCGAACCACUUGAAAGUACAUUUAAGAGUGCAUACUGGAGAAAAACCUCACAAGUGUGGAAUAUGUUUUAAGCAUUUUAUUACGACAAGUGAUUUGAAAAAACAUUUGAGAGUGCACACUGGGGAAAAACCUUACAAGUGUGAAAUUUGUGUUAAGCAGUUUACCCGAAAGGGUCAUUUAACGGAACACAUGAAUCAUUAUCAUCAGUAACUUGACAACCCUUUUUGGAUCCUGGCUUGUUUUAGGAUUUUCCGACAUUCUGUUCUGUUCCUUGCUUUGUUUUUCCGGUUGAAGUGUUUUCAAUUCUUGUUCCAUGUAUCUAAGUUUGGAUCUUCCCUUUGACCUUCUCCCUACUGUUGUCUGCCUCAUUAUAUGUUUUGGUGUUUUAGUCUCCAACAUUCGUUCAACUUGGCCCAUCCAGCGCAGACAUUCGGUCUUUAUGGAUGUUAUGACGUCGGGCUCGUUGUAUGCUGCGAAUAGUUCAUGAACAUGACAACAUGAAUGUUCACACUAAAAAUUUUCUAUUAGUUAGAUAAAAAAAUUUCUAUUAGUUUAAAAAUUAAAUUAAACAAGCCAAAGAAUCCUGGCUCGAGAAUUCCUGUAAAGAAAUAGAAGACCUCCAAAAAAAACAUGACAAUUUCAACCUCCACAAGAAACUUAAAUACACCUCCGAAAAUGCUCACGUACUUAAAAACGCAGACGGAAAAAUUUGUGAUCACGAACAACAGUGCAAAGAAUGGGAAAGAUACAUCACUGACCUUUUUGACGAUGUUUCUCGAGAAAAUGCUCCACAUACUACCUGUGGCAACCAGUUAGACAGAGGUCCCAGUAUACUGACAAAAACAAUAAAGCACCCGGACCAGACCAAAUCCCUGCUGAUCUACUUACACUUUUUAAUGAGGAAAACAUUACCUACUUAACCACUUUCUUUAACAAAAUUUACAUCGAAGGAAAAAUACCAGAUGAUUGGUUGGAGUCAUUGUAUAUAACAUUAACAAAGAAAAGCAGGCCAACCAAAUGCAGCGAUUUUAGACUAAUCAGUUUGAUGAGUCACGCACUUAAGAUAUUUUUACGAAUUAUACAAAACCGAGUAUUCCUUCUGUGUGAAAGUAGAAUGGGUAAUAAGCAAAGUCAGGCAAAUAUGCAGGCUGAAAAGGAAGAUAUAUGCGCAUAUAUAUGCAUAUUAUUUGUAUUAAAUAUGCAAUUAUAUGCAUUUAUUUAUGUCAAAUAUGCAUGUAUUAUUUGUGUCAAAUUUGCAUGUAUGUACAUAAUAUUUUAAGUAUGAAAGUUGCUGUGGUACUAUUUUAUUUUUCACCAAUUCUUUGAAAAAGUAUAAGUGGUUCAGAAGAAUCUACUGGCUUCAAUUAAGCAAAUAUUUCUGCAUAAAACAUUGCAGCCUCUAAUCAAGUUCUCAUCCAGUAACAAUAGGUUUUGGUGGAAGAGGAAGAUUCGGCAAAUGUUCUUUAUACAGCUGAUACCUUAUAGGUGCCUUAAGAAAUAUUUUGUUUAUAUUUGAAAUAAAAUUAUUAACAAGAGCAAAUUUAUUUCUAAUUUCUUCUGCGACCCUAUUUAAACCAUGUGCUAGGCAAGUUGUAUGUACUAAACGAGGAUAAAAAAUUUUCAAAUUGCUUCCUACUUUAACCAUGUAAGGUGCAGCAUCUGAAAGAAAAAUAAAAAUUUUUCGUUGGGAACAGCUAAAGAAAGAAAAAAAAAUUGCUAAACUGUCUUGCAAAAACCUUAAAACUGUUACCUAGUGCGUUGGUUUUAUUCAACUUCUUGGAAUCAAUUGAAUGCGAUUUACAAGCUUGCCCAUUUUUAAGAGACCCGAUUAAUAAAUGUGCGAUAUAACGUCCAGAAGAAUCAAUUGUUUCAUCCACACAUACAUAAAAAGAAUUGUCUCCUAUUGUCUCUAAUUUUAUGAUAUUCAGUACCGCAGAAUAUACCUACAGAAUCGACCUCAUUUCUUCUUAAGCUUCUUUCACUUGGAAUAUUCCAUUUGCACUAUUUUCCAAGAAAUAUUCGCAAAUUUUCCUUUGAUAAUUUGGACAAAGAUAUAUUUUAGCUUAACAAUGCUUCGAACAAAUCAUGGUUAAAUGUCUCUUGCUCACUUUAUUUCCGAUUAGUUGAUUUUAAGCACCUAGAUAUCGAAUCUUGCUUUUUCUCUCCCGAUUCUAAUUUAUUUUUUUUACCGGUGUGUAAAGCAGUUUUGCAAUGCUGGAUUAUUUGGAAUUUUUUUUUCGCAUGGAAUCUGCAAAAAAAUUCCUACAGUAAAUCUAAUAAUAAAACACUGAAAACGUUUGUUUUCUAUACUUCCACAGAAUUUAUUAUAACUAAGUGACUACAGCUGUUUCGGCAGAGUGCCUUUCUCAAGUGAAGCACUCUGCCGAAACAGCUGUAGUCACUUAGUUAUAAUAAAUUCUGUGGAAGUAUAGAAAACAAACGUUUUCAGUGUUUUAUUAUUAGAUAAAAUGAACUUCCAUCAAGUAACGGUCGAAUCCAUCAAUUAUCCUACAGUAAACUAAAUAACUUUGAGAUCGGGGUUAUUUAAAGCAUUUUAAAUUAAAAAUGUAUAUUUUUUGGUUUUCUGAUUAUUUUCAUGCAAUUUAAAAUAUUCAGGUUUACUUUGUAUUUACUUACUGCAUGCUGAGCAUAAUAAUUUUCCCAUAUCAAUGGCCAAUUCUGGAUGCCUUGAUCCACACAGAAAUAUAAGGUACCUACGAAGGUAUUUGAACCAUGAAUAAACAAAUAAAUUCGCUUUGAAAACCUAUUAUAUGCACUUUAUUUUUAAAUAUACCAGUAUAUGCAAAAUUCAAAAGAAACUACAAAAAUAUGCAAAUGCAUAUGCACUAUUGCAUAUUUGCCUGACUCUGGUAAUAAGCAAUUUGGAUUUAGAGAUGGUCUAGGAACUAGAGAGGCACUAUUUUGUAUGCGCGUUAUUUUACAAAAAAAGCUGUGAAUUCCGAAAGAACGUUUAUGUUUGUUUCAUCAACUUCGAGAAGGCAUUCGACCGAGUCCAACACUAUAUACUUUUCAAUUGCCUACAGGCAGCAGGACUUGACCAUUACGAUAUAAGACUGUUAAAAUACUUAUAUUACAAUCAAGUAGCAUCUAUCCAAGUUGGAGAUAGUCAUAGUGAAAAACUACCCAUCAAACGUGGAGUGCGACAAGGUUGUGUUUUGUCACUUAGUCUCUUUAAUCUGUACUCUGAAGAAAUCUUUAGGGAGGCUUUGGACGACAGACAAGAAGGAGUAAGACUGGGCGGAGAAAUAAUCAACAAUAUCAGAUAUGCUGACGACACAGCCAUUCUUGCAGCAAAUUUAGAAGAUCUCCAGACAUUAGUAAAUCUAGUCAGAGAAGCAAGUUACCGGAGAGGCCUAAAAAUCAAUAUUUCAAAGACAAAGUGGAUGGCAGUUGGAAAGAUAAAUGUAGAUCCAGGCGUGCUUUCUCUUGAUGGAGAGAAGAUAGAACGGGUAAACCAUUUUAAAUACCUUGGCAGUUGGUUAAAUGUAAAUUGCGAUUGUGAUGAAAAGAUAUUAACCAGGAUUGAAAUAUCACACGUAAUAACCAGUUUUAUGUAACCGAAGCCUGUCAAGCCGAAGAUUCGCAAAAAGGUCCUAAAAUGUUACGUGUGGUCUAUAUUAUUGAAUGGUUGUGAGACAUGGACGUUAAAAACCACAAUUCUAAAUAAAUUAGAAGCAUUCGAAUUAUGGUGCUAUCGACGAAUCCUAAAGAUAUCGUGAGUUUCGCACACUUAGAAUGAAAAUGUUCUCCAAAUGAUGAAUUCAGAACGUCUGCUCAUAAACAGGAGAAAAACAGAAUACUUCGAUCAUAUAAUUAGAGGGCCUAAAUACCAUCAACUUCGCCUUAUAAUACAAGGAAAAGUGGAGGGAAAGAGAUGGAGUGGUCGAAAGAAACUUUCAUGGUUGCGUAAUAUUAGAUAAGGGUGUGGUUCCACGGUAGAAGCUUGUAAACAUGAUGACAGCCAACGUCUGAAUACGGACACGGCACCUGAAGAAGAAGAAGGUAAAACCACACUUUGAAUGUUUUCUACACAGGAUUUCCUGGGUAGAAUUUACACAAUAGGUUUUAUGAAGAUAGAAAUUAUUUUGCUACCAGUGGCGUAACAACAUUUGGAUAAAUUUCUGUAAGAAGCAGCAACACAAACACCAGUGAUAGCAAUAACAAACAGAACUCUCCAUGGCCUUCAAAACAUCUUUGAAAGAAAAACCUAAAAUGUCCAUUCAAGCGUAACGUUAAGAAGACCGAUUUUGAUAUGUGGGGCUAAAACAUGGAGUUUAUUCCAAACCGAGAAGAGACUAUUUGGUAUCAUCAUCAUCAUUCUCUUUGCCUUAUCCCUAUGCGGGGUCGGCUUCCCUAAUUGCAUUUCUCCACACAAUUCUAUCUUGGGUCAUAUCAAUGUUAAUUCCCUUUACCAACAUGUCCUGCCUUAUCGUCUCCCCCCAGGUCUUCUUUGGUCUUUCUCUCCUACUCCUUCCAGGAAUCUGCACUUCAGCUAUUCUUCGUAUUGGGUGAUUAACGUCUCGACGUUGAACAUGACCAAACCAUUUUAACCUAUGCUCUCUCAUGUUGGCAUCAAUUGGUGCCACACCUAGACUUCCCCUAAUAUACUCAUUUCUAAUUUUAUUCUUCUGUCACUCCACUCAUCCAUCUAAGCAUUCUCAUUUCCGCCACAUGCAUUCGUUGUUCCUCUUUCUUUUUCACUGCCCAACAUUCAGUUCCGUUCUAAGUUUUUGUCCUACUAAGUUUUAAACCUUUUUCCUCCAGAGCUUGUCUCCACUGUUCCAAGUCUCUUUCACUAUUUCCUACUAACACGACAUCAUCAGCUUACAUUAAGCACCAUGGAAUGUUACCCUGUAGUUUCGCUGUUAUCUGGUCCAAAACUAAUGAGAAUAAAUACGGACUAAGCACAGAGCCUUGGUGCAAUCCUACUUUCACAUGAAAUUUAUCAGUCUCUCCCACACCUGUCCUAGCACUAGUCGUUACUCCCUCAUACAUAUCCCUCACAAUCUUUACAUAUUCACUAGGGACUCCUUUCUUAUUGAGUGCCCACCACAGAAUCUCUCGAGGAACUCUAUCAUAUGCUUUCUCAAGAUCAAUAAAUACCAUAUGAGCGUUUGUUUCUUUACUCCUGUAUUUUUCCAUCAACUGCCUUAUAAUGAAAAUUGCUUCUGUUGUUGAUCUACCCUGCAUAAAGCCAAAUUGAUUCUCGGAUAUUUCGGUCUCUUCACGUAUCCGUCUAUCAAUUACUCUUUCCCAUAUUUUCAUGGUGUGGCUAAGUAGUUUUAUAGCCCUGUAGUUUGUACAUUGUUGUAUAUCUCCCUUGUUUUUGUAAACAGGUACCAGUAUACUGCUUCUCCAUUCGUCUGGCAUUUGUCCAACUUCCAUAAUUCUAUUAAAUAGACCUGCUAGCCACCUUGUUCCUGUCUCUCCCAAUGCUCUCCAUACUUCCCCAGGAACAUCAUCUGGUCCUACCGCUUUUCCUUUCUUUAUUUUUUGAAGCGCUUGAGCCACUUCCUCGUUGGUUAUUUUGGUGACCAUUGCUGCUACUGUCUCCGUUGACUCUACAGGCUGUCUGUCAAAUUCUUCAUUUAAUAAGCUGUCAAAGUACUUUCUCCAUCUCUUUUUGACAUCCCUUUCGUGAACUAGUAUUUUAUUAUUUUCAUCUCGGAUACAUCUAAUCUGAUUAAAAUCUUUUGCUCUCUGUUUGGCUAUUUUAUAUAUCUUCGUUUCGCCUUCCCUGGUAUCAAGUUGAUCGUAUAGGUUUGAAUACGCUUCUGCUUUGGCUUUUGCUACUGCUACUUUCGCUUCCUUUUUCGCCACCAUAUAGUUUUGAAGAUCUGUGUCGGAUCUGGUUUCUUGCCACUUUUUAUACAAUUUUCUCUUCUCUUUUAUUUUUCCUUGUACUUCGUUUGACCACCACCAAGUCUCUUUAUCCUCAAACUUUUUUCCUGACGUUUUCCCAAGUAUUUCAAUAGCAGUCUCUCUAAUACUACUGGCCAUUUUUCUUCAAAUUGUAUUAGCGCUUCCUUUCAUGUUCCAACAUAUUUUUUCUACUAUUCUUCUCCUGAAUAGACCUUCUUUCUCAUCUUUCAGCAGCCACCACUUGAUUUUUUGUGGUCCUCUCCGAUAUUUUUGUUUAGUUUCGCUUUACAUAUGUGGGGCUAAAACAUGGAGUUUAUUCCAAACCGAGAAGAGACUAUUUGGUAUCUCUGAGAGAAAAAUAUUUGGAAAGAUUUUUGGGUCCAUAAAUAAAGAUGGUGUAUGGAAUCGAAGAUAUAAGAAAGUGCACAGGCUAUGAUGGGCUGGACACAUUGCUAGAAUGUCAGAUAAUGGCACACGAAGACGUUCUCAAACCCAGAGAAUAGAAGAAGUAGAGAAAGACUAUAGAAAAUGUAUUGAUAAUGUGGAAGAAGACUUUACGAUUCUAAGGGUCAGCAGAAGGAGGAAAGUUGCUAGAAACCGACGGUAGUGAAGAGUUCUUUGUCUAAUCCACAAAGGAUUAUCGAGCAAAUUAUGAUGAUCAUGGGAAAUUGACUUUGUCAAAAUUUUAUUAUGCUUCACUUUGUUUAUUAAAGUUAUUUUUUACAGUUGUAUUCA